AUGAUUGGAAGCAGCAUCUUUAUCCUGACUGGUACCGUCGUGAAGACUCGAGCUGGCCCGGCAACGUUUGUCGCCUACCUCCUGGCCGGUCUAGUAGCCUUCUUCAACGCCAUGGUCUACUCUGAACUGGCUUGCAGAUUUCCGAAGGCUGGUUCAGUGUACACCUACGCCUAUACUAUCCUCGGAGAGAUGCUGGCCUUUCUGACCGGAUGGGCCGUUCUUCUCGAGUAUAUCUUGAGCGCUGCAUCCGUGGCGCGCGGUUGGAGCAGCAUCCUCAACGCAAUGACCGGUGGUCAGCUCUUUAACUCGACGAUAGUCAUUUUCGGCAGGUACUGA